UUCAAUCAAAAGGGUAUCAUAUAUUAUUCACAUUCAAUUCUAAGUCCCAAACAUAUAGGCUAUAGCAUUGCAGUCUGCUAACCCUACUUCCAAGCCAUCUGGUCCCACCCAUCCAACUACCCACAGCCGUCCGAUCAAACCCAUCAUCAGAAAGAUAUCUCAAAGCCAAGAAACCCACAUAAACCUCACCCCUCUCUCUGACCCACCAAAGCUUAAAGCUUCAGAUCCGGAAAAAUCAUCAGGGAAGGAUAGAGGAAACCUCGUCCUCCUUCUCUCUCUCGCUCAAUUUGGCAGUGUUAAUAUCUGCUUGUGAGAGGGGAAGCUUUUGGGCGCCUCGCGAACAGUAUUCACAGAGAUCGUUUGAUGCAAAGGUUGAGGGAAUAAAUACCAAAAUAUACACACCACCCUCAAAUCUAAAUCAUUCAAUAAACAAUCCAUACCCCACAAGGUUUAUCUCCACUUUUUAUUAAUUUACUGGGAAAAAGGGGCGUACCAGAUCCUUGUAACACAAUCUUCUCUCUCUCUCUCUCUCUCUCUCUCUACUGAUUGCAGAGGCACCACAAUGCUUUGCUUCACCAACCGCCAUUUCUUCAACUCAAAGCUUCAAAUCCACUAGCUACUCCGUGCCAGUGCACUCAUUAGUCAUUAGAGCAGAGAGCGAGGAGGAUCUUAAAAGGGGAAGAUGGAUGUGGGUAGAAGGAGAGGUGCAGCUAGGAAUGGUGUCGUGGCAGGGUCGGUUUGGGAGAGCAGAAUGAAAAUUGAUGAAGUGAAAGGUGGGAUCAAGGUCUUUAAUGGAGAAGAGAAUUCUGAAGGUGGGGAAAAUGAGGUUAAGGUGCCCAGAAGGUUGAAGCAAGGGCCGGCCGUUGGGGUGAGCGGAAGGAGGAAGACAUGGAAAUCUGAGAGUUUUGAUGGGUUUGAGAGACCCUUAAUUCAGAUAGCCAAGGGAAAGACUGAGCCACAGAAGAACUGUGAUGAACAGUUAAAAGAACUGAGUGCAUCUGCCGACGGGAUCAAGAAAAGCCCAAUUCACAGGAAAACAAGAUCUGGGGCAACUAAGGAGCUCAGUGCGUCUGUUGAUGAUAUUGAGAGGAGCCCAAUUCAGUUGAGAAAGGUGAGAUCUGAGCAGGUGGGCGAAUCUGCGAAUGAGAAGAAGAAUUCAAUUCAAUUGAGGAAGACAAAAUCGGAAUCGAAUAAGGUUUCCGAUGAACAGAAGGAUGUUGUCGAUGGGUCUGCAGAAGGAAUUGAGAAGAUCCCAAUUGAUAUUCGGGAUACGAAGUCUGAGGAAACCUGCAAGGAGUUUGGUGUGUAUGAAGAAAAGGUCAUUGCCGGCAGUUUGGGCAAUGUGGGUCAGGCCAAGUCACCUCUAGAUUUGGUGGUGACUGAUGAUGUUGAUGAUAAUGGUGAUGGCGGUGGUGUUGAUGGCGAUGAGGAAGAUGUAAGGGACCGGGAGGAUGAGGAUGAGGAUGAUGAGGAAAUUGUGAUUGAGGCUGAGAACAAGAGUGUUGAUAUUAAGGAAAUUAAUGUUCCAGAACAAGAACAAAAGACCAAUGUGCAUGAAGAGAAGAAGAUUAAUCAAAUUCAUGAAAAACUAGCACCCACCUCUCCAAAUUUGAAUAAACAGCCUCCUGCCCCUUCUCCUCCUCGUGUUGUUGAUCAUCCUAAAAAACCCACUCCAGAUCUUCCAAAUCUUAGAAAGCCAUCGUCCCCAAAUCUUACGAAGCCAUCUAUUGCAGAACUUGCGAGGCCAUCUCUUCCCAAUUUUGCAGACAGAAAGCCAUCUCUUCAAAAUCUUACAAAUCUCAAAAAGCCAUCUCUUCCAAAUCGUAGAAAAGCUAUUCCAAUUCAAGAAGAAUUUCAUAGAGUCCCCGAAACUCGUAACAAAUUACAGAAUUUAGGGGACUUGGUGAUGUGGAGGGACGUAUCCAAAUCAGCACUCAUCUUUGGGAUCGGUGCAUUUAUGAUUCUUUCAUCUUCCUACACCAACGAUCUCAACAUCAGCUUGAUUUCUGUAAUAUCCUAUGUGAGUCUGGUCUAUCUUGCAGCAAUUUUCCUCUUUAAAUCUUUUAUCUCCAGGGAUGCUAUAGAUAUGCAUGAUUGGGGCCAGGGCUAUGUGUUGGGAGAGGAAGAAGCAAUUUGGUUACUAAAAUUGGUUCUUCCUUACAUUAAUGAGUUCCUAUUGAAGAUCAGAAGCCUUUUCUCUGGAGAUCCAGCUACUACAAUGAAGUUGGCAGUGCUGCUCUUUGUUUUGGCUCGGUGUGGCAGCUCAAUAACUAUUUGGAAGAUGGUCAAAUUGGGCUUUUUUGGAGCUUUUACCAUUCCAAAAGUCUAUUCUUCAUACUCCACCCAGCUAACAGGAUAUGGUGAAUUUUGGAUUCGACGCUUUCAAGAUGCUUGGGAGUCAUGCUCGCACAAAAAAGCUGUGGCAGGUGCCAUCUUCACUGUGGUAUGGAAUCUAUCUUCAGUUGUUGCUCGAAUUUGGGCAGUGUUUGUGCUGUUUGUGGCUGUUCGAUAUUACCAGCAGUCUUUAGUUAGGGAUGAUUGGGUCGAGGACGAAGCAGGAGCUGAAAAUUCAUGGCAAGCACAAUUUGGUGGACAAAGACAGGGGCAUGGUCCUACCAUAGUUGAAAUUAAGAAAGAAAAGAAGGGAUCCUAGGAAUUUUGGCAUCACAUUAUCUAACAAUGUUUCCCACAUGCAUGCAUAUGUAAUAUGAAAUGAUAUAAAUGCUCUGUUCUUUUCUUCAAA